GGGCGACACCGACACAUUCCGAUAUACUCAUUAUUGCACAAAUUGCACAACACGUCUGAAAAACAACCAAAGAAUCUUCUCGCCGCCUCAAUAAGUAUAGAGAAUAUCUUCUAUACAUUGAACCCUGCACAUACACAAACCUGAAAAUGGCCACUAACAUCACAUGGCACGCCGGUUUGACUCGUCAAGAGCGAAGUGAGCUCCGCAAGCAAAAGGGUGCCACAGUCUGGUUCACCGGCCUGUCCGCUUCAGGCAAGUCGACCAUCGCCACCGCAUUGGAACAACACCUUCUACACCUGGGCCUCGCCACGUACCGGUUGGACGGCGACAACGUCCGUUUCGGGUUGAACAAGGACCUUGGAUUCUCGCCCAAGGACCGCGAGGAGAACAUCCGACGUAUCGCAGAGGUCGCCAAACUCUUCGCCGACUCAACGACCAUCGCUCUGACCUCUUUCAUCUCCCCCUACAAAGCCGACCGGCAGCUCGCCCGCGACCUGCACGCCGACACCAAGAACGUCGACUCGCCGCUGCCCUUCAUCGAGGUGUACGUCGACAUCUCCGUCGAGGAGGCCGAGAAGCGCGACCCCAAGGGCCUGUACAAGAAGGCCCGCGCGGGCGAGAUCAAGGAGUUCACCGGCAUCAGCGCACCGUAUGAGGCGCCGGAGAAGCCUGAGAUCCACAUCGACUCCGCGAACACGAGCGUCGAGGAGGCGGUGGUCAUCAUCACAAAGUACCUCGAGGAGAAGGGCUUGUUGAAAGUCGCUGCGUGAGCGUUGGAAGAAACGCAGUUCACUUAUAGAAAAGUUUCGAUGCUGGAAUUCAUCAUACAUUACUCUGUCUCGUCGAGUGUACCUCCAUUUCUCUUUUUUGUGAUGUCGGUAGGAGAGUGAAGGGUAAGGGGUCUGCAUAUGGUCUGCGCUGCCGCCAUUUGUAUCAUCACAUUGAAGCUUGAGACAUCUUUGUGCAGUCAGUCAUGAUAAGACGUUGAAACGUAACGUCUGAUAUGAUCA